AUGACGAAGUCGAUUGUUCUUUGCCUCCUCAUCUCCGCCUUCUCCCUCCUCGCACCACCGGUCACGGCGGAGAUCAAAUCCUUAAAAGUCGAAUCAGACAAUCGCCCCAUGAUCCUUUUUGAGAAGUUCGGAUUCACGCACAGAGGAUUCGCCUCCGUCGCCAUCUCCUCCGUCUCCGUCACCUCUGACCUGUCACAAGCUGAUCCCUCCCGCCUUGGUUUCUUCCUUCUCUCCGAAGGUUCGUUAAACCAAGUUCUUACCGAAUUUAAGCGAAAACCUAAUUUCUGUGUAGUCGAUUCCAAAUAUAUCUCCCUUCUUUUCACCUUCCAGGAUCUAUCUCCUCCGCCUCAUUCCUCGCUCAAUAAAUCCUACCCAAUUAACUACCCCGACGAGUACUCUCUCUUCUUCGCUAAUUGCAACCGUGAAUCCCUUGUUUCAAUGGACAUCCGGACAGAGCUUUACAAUACCGACGAUGGCAACCACAGGGAUUACUUAUCCGCCGGCCAAACACAGCUCCCAUCCUUUUACUUCCUUUUCUCCAUCAUUUACCUCUGUUUCUUAGUUCUCUGGAUACUCGAAUGCUUUAACAACAAAGGAUCCGUUCACCGGAUCCAUUUCCUGAUGGCCGUGUUGCUGAUCGUGAAAUCACUCAACUUACUAUGUGCGGCGGAGGAGAAACAUAAGGUAAAAGUUACAGGAACAGCCCAUGGAUGGGAUGUGCUGUUCUACACGUUUCAGUUCUUGAAGGCGGUGCUUUUGUUCACCGUGAUCGUGUUGAUCGGUACUGGAUGGUCGUUUCUGAAACCAUUCUCGCAAGAAAAGGAGAAGAACGUGCUAAUGAUUGUGAUCCCACUUCAGGUUUUAGCAAACAUAGCUUCCACAGUAAUUGGGGAAACUGGGCCAUUCAUUCAGAAUUGGGUAACAUGGAACCAAUUGUUCUUGUUGGUAGAUCUCAUCUGUUGUUGCGCCAUUCUUCUUCCUAUCUUCUGGUCGAUUAGUUUAUUGAGGGAGACCUCGAAGACAGAUGCAAAAGCUGCUACGAAUUUGGCGAAGCUGACUCUUUUUAAGCAGUUUUAUGUGUUGGUGAUUGGAUACUUGUAUUUCACAAGACUGGUUGUUUAUUCACUGAAAACAAUCUCUUCUUAUAAGUUCGAGUGGGUGGCUAAUGGGGCUGAGGAAGUUGCUAGUGUUGCGUUUUAUAUAAUCAUGUUCUUCAUGUUCAGGCCGAUCGACAAGAACAAAUACUUUCUUAUUGAUGGUGAAGAAGAGAAGGAUGCCGAGAGGACUCUGCGGGAGGAUGGGGACUUCCAGCUUGCUGUAGAUAAUUUGUAA